GAGCAGAACAGGAAGCUGUGAGGUGGGGCUCCAGUCCAUGGCCAAGUUCUCUUUUUUCCUACACGCUGCUCCGUUCACUCGCUCCCAGUUUAGAAUCCUAGCCCGUGCCUAGAGGGCCUCCUGGAUUUGAAUCAGGAGGGAAUAGCAGGAGUGUGUGCGCUGGGUCUGGCAGUGCUGGUCUGUUGGCAGAUAUGGCCAGUGAAGAUGUGCAAGAGGACUUACAAGUGGAUCAGGCCUUCGCUGACCUUGUAAACACUGAACAUGGUGACACAGAACCUUCGAAUGACCCGGGAGGGCUGUCGGUCCUGCAGCAGCUGGGCUUGGACCAGAGCUCAGACUUCUCCGACUGCAGUGUCCAGCAGCGCCUGGACGAGCAGCGUGAGAGGAUCCGCAGAGAGAUCCGAAAAGAGCUGAAGAUAAAGGAGGGAGCGGAGAACCUACGGAGGGCCACUACAGACAAGAGGAACGCACAGCAGGUGGACUCACAACUGCGCAGCUCCAAGCGCAAACUAGAGACUCUGCAAGCCCAGUUGCAAGAGCUGGAUGCUCACAUUGUGGUUAAAGGACAUGACGAUAACAAAGAUACUCCACGGUCUCCUGGGUCAGUCAGCCGAACAUCAGCCACUGAGCACAGGAUCGCUGCUCUGGAGCGACAGCUCAACAUCGAGCUCAAGGUCAAACAGGGAGCAGAGAACAUGAUCCCCAUCUAUGCCAAUGGAGCUACCAAGGACAAGAAGCUUUUACAGGCAACUCAACAGAUGCUGCAGGACAGCAAGACCAAGAUUGACAUCAUCCGCAUGCAGAUCCGAAAGGCCAUGCAGGCCACGGAGCAGUCUGAGGACCACCACAGUAAAGCAGACCUGUGUGGGGUGGAGCUGCGGGUGGAGGAGCUGUGGCAUCACUACAGAGUGGAACAUGCUAUGGCGGAGGGGGCGAAAAACAUGAUGAGGCUGCUGGGAGCCGGCAAGGUCCAAGACAAGAAGGCCAUAGCUGAGGCUCAAUCUGGUCUAAGCGAGUCCACCCAGCGUCUGGACCUCCUGAAGUGUUCUUUAGAGCAGAGACUACAGGAGCUACCUGAGGACCACCCCAAGGCCUGUCUCAUCAAAGAGGAGCUUGUGUUAGCGACUUCCACUGCUUUUAGCAAUCGUCACAGCGCCCCUUAUGUUCACAACCAGUAUAGCACACUCAGCAAACCCUCCCCUCUCACAGGUACUUUACAGGUACAUCUGCUGGGCUGUGUGGGGCUCCUGGAGGUGGUCCCAGGACGUAGCAGAGGGACCCCCAUCUCUCUCCCUUCUCACUCUGUGGGAGACGGACGCUCCUCCUUCAAACUAAGUGGCCUUUACAGCCGCAGUACCAGCAGCAUGAGCCUGAAGAUUCCCAGUAAAAACGAAGAGCUCUCAUCGGAGGUGAGUGCAGUGCUGAAGCUGGAGAACUCAGUGGUUGGACAGACGGGCUGGAGAACUGUGGGUGAACAAGCCUGGGACCAAACCUUCACUGUGGAUCUUGAGAGGUCCAGGGAGAUGGAGAUAGCAGUUUACUGGAGAGACUACCGCUCCCUGUGUGCUCUCAAGUACCUGAAGUUGGAGGAGUUCCUGGACAAUCAGAGACACAGAGUCCAGCUGGAACUGGAGCCACAAGGCCUACUGCUGGCUGAGGUGACGUUCUUUAAUCCAGUGAUAGAGAGAGGCCGCAGACUGCAAAGGCAGAGGAAGGUCUUCUCCAAACAGCAUGGUAAAGCCUUCUUGCGCGCUCGCCAGAUGAACGUGGACAUUGCUACAUGGGUGCGGCUGCUCCGGAACGCAAUCCCCAGUGGAAGUAACUCCCCCAGCUACACCCCAAUCUUCAGCAACAAUACGCUCUCAAAUAACACAGGAGAAAUCUCAGUGGAAAAGCUGAAUUUGGAAAGUGACUCUCCUCAGAAACCAGAGAACAGGAGAGACGUGGUGGACUGUCCCGCUGUGGAACAGACGCCCCCCUUGGUAACUGAAUCCACAACAAACGUCCAUGAGUCACCGGUCAACACGUUAUCUCGCAACUCUUCACGCAGAGCCAGCAGUGGUCCUCUGUGCCUGCAGGACUUCAAGCUGAUGGCUGUGCUCGGCAGGGGGCACUUCGGCAAGGUGCUGCUGUCAGAGUACAAAAGGACAGGCAGACUUUACGCUAUCAAAGCCCUGAAGAAAGGUGACAUUGUUGCACGGGAUGAAGUAGAGAGGUAGCUUUCAAUGACUCUGUAAAAGUCCCAGGAAACAUUAUAUUAUAUUAUCCAUUGUCUCUUCCUUUGUGUGCCUCUAGCCUCAUGUGAGAAGCGCAUAUUCGAGGUGGUGAACAGCUUGCGGCACCCCUUCCUGGUGAACUUGUUUGCGUGUUUCCAGACCCCAGAACAUGUGUGUUUUGUGAUGGAGUACACUGCCGGGGGAGACCUCAUGAUGCACAUUCACGCCGACGUCUUCUCUGAGCCCCGUGCUGUAUUCUACUCUGCGUGUGUGGUCCUGGGACUGCAGUUUCUACAUGACCAUAAGAUUGUUUAUCGGGAUCUUAAACUUGACAACUUGCUGCUAGACACCGAGGGUUUUGUGAAGAUAGCAGAUUUUGGACUCUGUAAAGAAGGCAUGGGUUAUGGAGACAGGACCAGUACUUUCUGUGGGACCCCUGAGUUCCUGGCCCCAGAGGUACUCACGGACACGUCCUACACCAGAGCAGUGGACUGGUGGGGGCUGGGGGUGCUUAUCUAUGAGAUGUUGGUAGGAGAGUCUCCGUUCCCAGGUGAUGAUGAGGAGGAGGUCUUCGACAGCAUAGUGAAUGAUGAAGUGCGCUAUCCACGGUUUCUCUCCACUGAGGCCAUUGGCAUCAUGAGACGGUUGCUGAGAAGAAAUCCUGAGAGACGUCUGGGCUCUGGUGAGAAGGACGCAGAAGAUGUCAAAAAACAGCCAUUCUUCAGGGGUGUGGACUGGGAGGCACUCCUUCAGAGAAAAACCCCGCCCCCUUUUGUUCCAACCAUUCAAGGAAAAGAAGAUGUGAGUAACUUUGACCUGGAGUUUACAGCGGAGGCUCCCACACUGACCCCUCCACGAGAACGGCGCACACUUUCUCGCAAAGAACAGGACUAUUUCAAGGAUUUUGACUAUACCUCUGACCUCUGCUAGGGUCAGAUGGCUAUCCACUAUUAGCCAUAGACUGCAAUAUUACUGGCUGACCCCUGGUCAUGUUGAUUGCAAUUUGGAGCAUCGAUUGACCUCCAGACAGCGGUGGCUUUUUAUGAGGAGGAAGUUGAAUCGGACUAAUCCAGAUUAUGUAACAUGUGGCAGAUGUUGUGGUGUGUUCUGCCCAGCAACACAGUGCACAGUGUCGGCGUCCUGUGUCUCUUUUCCCUUUAAUCUCUGCUGUUGGUGCUGCUACAGUGUGUUAGACAUUGACGUUGCCCCUUCCUCUGUUUUGAAUGUCACCGUUGCACUUCCUGAGUAUCGCCACAAGAUGGAGUCCAACAAGUAAGAAUAGCACAAAUCAAGCCGUUCAAGUUUUGCUUCACCACCACUAUCAUUUUGUCCUUUCUCUGUUUUUGGUACAGCACAGACGUUAAUCAAUCAUUCUGACUUUGCUUUUUCUUUUGUGAUCUUCUAUUUUGUCGUUUUAUUUUCUCACAUGUCAUUUGCUGUUGAAUGUGUUAAAAACUGUGACUCAGUAAAAAUGUGAACCCUA